ACAAAUAUGGCGGAGGACAACGUAGGUUCGUUGGAAGAAGAAGCUUUGAAAAGAAAAGAACGUUUGCAAGCUCUCAAAAGGAAAACUGAAGACAACAAGGAAAACAAGGCAGAAGGUGGUAUUAAACUGCCAAAACCAAAAUUUCGAAGUUACAAACCACAAGAUGAAAGCCUUAAAGGUAAGGUAUUAGACGAUGCGAAACCCGGAAAUGUAGAAGCAGAAGUACAUGAUCAAUUAAGUGCUGCAACUACCAAAGUUGUUAUCGAAGAACUUGAUAUUAGUAAUCUUGCUCCUAGAAAACCAGAUUGGGAUUUAAAACGGGAUGUUGCUAAAAAAUUAGAAAAAUUAGAAAGAAGGACUCAGAAAGCAAUAGCAGAGCUUAUACGAGAACGUCUUAAACAAGGACAGCAUGACUUAGCUGUUGUAGUGAAUAUGGCAACUAAAGAACAGGAGGAAUCACCUACCUGAUUAUAUUAAUCACUU